AAGCCCUGCCCCAGAUUGUGCCACAGUUCCUCCCUCUUUGUAUAUAAUUCACUAACACUUUUGGCCUAAAGGAGAGCAACCAAAUUAGAAAUAUUAAAUAGUGCAGCUUGUGCAGAGCUCCAAACUAUGAGUAAUUGUACCCUCCCAGAAACACAAGAGAAACUGACCCUCCCGGAUGCCUGGGACUUCAAGGGCCGCCCCGCUGAGCGGUCCAAGACUGGCGGCUGGACGGCGGCCGCCAUGAUUCUAGGUGGAGAGGCUUGUGAGAGGCUAACAACGCUAGGAAUUGCUGUUAACUUGGUGACUUAUUUGACUGGAACCAUGCACUUGGGCAAUGCUACCUCUGCUAAUACCGUCACCAAUUUUCUUGGUACUUCUUUCAUGCUCUGCUUGCUCGGCGGUUUUGUGGCCGACACCUUUCUUGGCAGAUACCUAACCAUCGCUAUAUUUGCCACCAUCCAAGCAAUGGGUGUGACAAUAUUGACAAUCUCAACCACAAUCCCCAGCCUCCGACCCCCAAAAUGCACCUCCGACACCGGCACACCUUGCAUCCCGGCAAGCGGCAAGCAACUCAUGGUUCUCUACAUAGCCCUCUACCUGACAGCCCUGGGCACCGGCGGCCUAAAAUCGAGCGUUUCAGGCUUCGGCUCAGACCAAUUUGAUGAGUCAGACAAACAAGAAAGAAGACAAAUGACAAACUUCUUCAACUGGUUCUUCUUCUUCAUAAGCAUAGGCUCACUUGCCGCAGUCACCGUUCUUGUCUACAUACAAGACAACUUGGGGAGGCAAUGGGGCUAUGGCAUAUGUGUCUGUGCAAUUGUGCUUGGCCUCAUUGUGUUCUUGUCAGGAACAAGACGGUACCGUUUCAAGAAACUGGUGGGCAGCCCUUUGACUCAGAUAUCGGGGGUGUGUGUGGCGGCGUGGAGGAAGAGGAACAUGGAGUUGCCCUCCGACAUGUCGUUUUUGUACAACGUUGAUGACAUUGAUGAUGGACUCAAGAAGAAGAAGAAGCAGAAGUUGCCUCAUAGCAAGCAGUUCCGUUUCUUGGAUAAGGCAGCAAUCAAGGAACCCAAAACGACAAGCGGUACAGCCAUGAUCAUAAACAAGUGGAGCUUAUCAACCCUAACCGAUGUUGAGGAAGUAAAAUUGAUUAUCAGAAUGUUGCCAAUUUGGGCCACCACAAUCAUGUUUUGGACUGUCUACGCUCAAAUGACCACAUUCUCAGUGUCACAAGCAACCUCCAUGGACCGCCACAUUGGAAAAUCAUUUCAAAUCCCAGCUGCCUCUCUCACAGCUUUCUUUGUAGGCAGCAUUCUCUUGACAGUCCCAGUAUACGACCGGCUCAUUGUCCCCAUGGCAAGAAAAGCCCUAAAAAACCCACAAGGUCUAACCCCAUUGCAACGCAUGGGGGUUGGCCUAGUUUUCUCAAUCUUUGCAAUGGUAGCAGCAGCUCUCACAGAAGUCAAGCGCUUGAACACCGCACGAUCACAUGGCUUGACCGACAAUCCAACGGCUGAGAUCCCACUGAGUGUUUUCUGGCUGGUCCCACAGUUUUUCUUUGUGGGGUCCGGGGAGGCCUUCACAUAUAUUGGGCAGCUUGACUUCUUCCUCAGGGAGUGCCCUAAGGGGAUGAAGACCAUGAGCACAGGCUUGUUCUUGAGCACUCUUUCAUUGGGGUUCUUCUUUAGCUCUCUAUUGGUCACUAUUGUGCAUAAGAUUACAGGGCACAGAAAGCCAUGGCUGGCAGACAAUCUCAACCAAGGGAAGCUUUAUGAUUUCUAUUGGCUUUUGGCACUUCUGAGUGCUUUGAAUUUGGUGAUCUAUUUGUUUUGUGCCAAUUGGUAUGUUUACAAGGACAAGAGGCUUGCUGAGGAGGGCAUAGAAUUGGAGGAACCAGAGAUUUGUGCCCAUGCAUAAUUAUCUGGUUUUUUCUCCUUUUUUUUUUUUUUUUUUUUGAUCUUCAUUUUUUCUUUAACCUAAGCUUGUAAUCUUUUAUGUACAAAAGGAAAGAAAAUAAGAAAUGAAGAAUCAUUAAAGCUUAUUAA